AAAAAAAAUUAUCCCCCGCAUUUACUUAUCUGUUGCGUGGAGCAUCAGAUCAUCCCUCCCACCAGUGUCCUCGAUUCUGUCGAAAUCUGAAAAAGCUGACGUAAUUAAUUAAAUUUCUUGCAAAAAAAACUCUGUAAUUUUAGCUCUGCAAUUUGCUUAAGUCAGACCACCCAAAUUCAUCUUCUGUCUCUUUCUCUCUCUACAUCACUUCUUGAAACUAUUUCCACAGUUUCUCUCUCUCUAGACUCUGCAUAUAUGCAUAUCUCUGUGUGAGUGGAAACUCUGUAUUCUUUUUUUGGAUUAGGGUUUAUUGGAGAGAGUUCAUAAUAUGCAUGAAGAUAAGAGGACGAGGGUUAUUUGCAGCAGAGAUCAUCAUAAUAAUCAAACCAGCCCAGAAAGACUAGGUAAUAAUAUUAAUAUUAACAAUAUUAAUAUUAAGACAAGAUUAAAUAAUAGUAAUAAUAAUAAUAAUAAUGUUGUAAUGAAAGCAACAUUCAAGAAAGUACAAAUAGUUUACUACAUAUCAAGAAAUGGUCACCUCCAACACCCACAUUACAUUGAAGUUUCUCAUCUUGCCCAUCAACACCUUCGUUUGAAAGAUGUUCUUGACCGGCUUACAGUUCUUAGAGGUAAAGGAAUGCCUUCACUUUACUCCUGGUCUUGCAAAAGGAGCUACAAGAAUGGUUAUGUAUGGAAUGACUUGGCUCUAAACGACGUCGUUUAUCCAUCUGAAGGAGCUGAAUAUGUACUCAAAGCAUCUGAAUUACUUCUACCUUCCAGUACUGAGAAGUUGCACCACCUUCAAAUUGGGAAUGCUCAAGAAUUUCAAUUUGGGGGCGGCGGCGGCGGCGCCGCCGCCCAGGACGCAUCGGACGUCCACCCAAAACGCAAAUCUUUACCUUCAAAACGACAGGAUCAGUACCAUCAUUAUGAAGAAAAUGUGGCAGCUGAAGAUGAAGAAUAUGAAGCUGGAAAAACAGUGGUGCACACAAGGUGUUCGAUGGGUGUCUCCACUGAAGAAAUCCAAGAAUUCAAGCUCAAAAUCCCUACCAAAAGCACUAUUAUUAACAAACCAACCGAAAUAAAUCUCGACGCCAAUUCAUUCUCCUCACCUCCGUCAACCACCUCACCAACUCUUUCCGACCACUCGAACAACGAAAUCUCGAUUAUCGACAACAGCAACGUCAAUUCGAAGAGGUUUGUUACCGAAGACGGAGAUCCAGUAGGAAAUGAGCCAAUGCUGAGCAGAAACUCCAUGCUGUUCAGCCUCAUUGCAUGCGGCGGAUCGGGCCCAUCUUUCAGGAAGACCGCCCCGCCACUGCCACCGACUCCGCCGCGGAAGAGCGGCAGCAGCCUCCAUCGAGGGGUGGUUUGUAAAGCGGCCGCUGCCGCAAGGGUGGCGGUUGAGGACGAGGAAGAUGAGGAGGAAGUUGUGAUGAUUAAGUACAUGUCGGAGAAUCCGAGAUUCGGAAACAUGCAAUCGGAGGAAAAGGAGUAUUUCAGCGGCAGCAUUGUCGAGUCCAUCACCACCGAGGAACGGCUCGGUGGGCCCGGACUGAAGAAAUCGUCUUCGUAUAAUCAAGAAAGGAGCAAAAAGUGUGGGAUGCAAGCAGAAGAAGAGGCAGCAGAGGAAGAAGUGAAGAAAGAAAAGGGUAUAAUAGGGAAAUGCAUGCCAAGGAAGAAGUCAUCAUCUUCCAAAAACCCUAAGAAGUGAUUUUCAUUUAAUUUUGAAUAUUUGGGAGUUGGUUGAUAUUAAUAUAUUUGGCAAAAACUUUAUUAAUUAGAGCAUGUAAUAAUUUUAUGAAGAGUUUAAUGCAGUAUUUAUUCCAACUGCAAUCUGCUUUUAGCUGUAAAAAGUUGAUUAUGAAUUUAAUGUCACUUUUGUAAGUUGUUGCAA